AUCACCAGUUGUCCCUGACAUCGUGCCCUACCUUGUCUCUUUGUGGUCUCCUAAAUGCCCAUCUCGUUGGCCUUGGUUCGGCUGGUGGUAUGGAGGGGUGCUGCCUAGCACUGACCUGAGAGUGUGUGUGACCCACUGACCCAAUGGACAUCAAAGGCCAGUUCUGGAAUGAUGACGACUCGGAGGGAGAUAAUGAAUCAGAGGAAUUUCUCUAUGGAGUUCAGGGGAGCUGUGCAGCUGACCUGUAUCGACACCCACAGCUUGAUGCAGACAUUGAAGCCGUGAAGGAGAUCUACAGUGAGAACUCUGUAUCCAUCAGAGAAUAUGGAACUAUCGAUGACGUGGACAUUGACCUCCACAUCAACAUCAGCUUCCUCGAUGAGGAAGUCUCUACAGCCUGGAAGGUCCUCCGGACAGAACCUAUUGUGUUGAGGCUGCGAUUUUCUCUCUCCCAGUACCUAGAUGGACCAGAACCAUCAAUUGAGGUUUUCCAGCCAUCAAAUAAGGAAGGAUUUGGGCUGGGUCUUCAGUUGAAAAAGAUCCUGGGUAUGUUUACAUCCCAACAAUGGAAACAUCUGAGCAACGAUUUCUUGAAGACCCAGCAGGAGAAAAGGCACAGUUGGUUCAAGGCAAGUGGUACCAUCAAGAAGUUCCGAGCUGGCCUCAGCAUCUUUUCACCCAUCCCCAAGUCUCCCAGUUUCCCUAUCAUACAGGACUCCAUGCUGAAAGGCAAACUAGGUGUACCAGAGCUUCGGGUUGGGCGCCUCAUGAACCGUUCCAUCUCCUGUACCAUGAAGAACCCCAAAGUGGAAGUGUUUGGCUACCCUCCCAGCCCCCAGGCAGGUCUCCUGUGCCCUCAGCACGUGGGCCUCCCUCCCCCAGCACGGACCUCUCCUUUGGUCAGUGGUCACUGCAAGAACAUUCCCACUCUGGAGUAUGGAUUCCUCGUUCAGAUCAUGAAGUAUGCAGAACAGAGGAUUCCAACAUUGAAUGAGUACUGUGUGGUGUGUGAUGAGCAGCAUGUCUUCCAAAAUGGAUCUAUGCUGAAGCCAGCUGUCUGUACUCGUGAACUAUGCGUCUUCUCCUUCUACACACUGGGUGUCAUGUCUGGAGCUGCAGAGGAGGUGGCCACUGGAGCAGAGGUGGUGGAUCUGCUGGUGGCCAUGUGUAGGGCAGCUUUAGAAUCCCCUAGAAAGAGCAUCAUCUUUGAGCCUUAUCCCUCUGUGGUGGACCCCACUGAUCCCAAGACUCUGGCCUUUAACCCUAAGAAGAAGAAUUAUGAGCGGCUUCAGAAAGCUCUGGAUAGUGUGAUGUCUAUUCGGGAGAUGACCCAGGGCUCAUAUUUGGAAAUCAAGAAACAGAUGGACAAGUUGGAUCCCCUGGCCCAUCCUCUCCUGCAGUGGAUCAUCUCUAGCAACAGGUCACACAUUGUCAAACUACCUCUCAGCAGGCAGCUGAAGUUCAUGCACACCUCACACCAGUUCCUCCUGCUGAGCAGCCCUCCUGCCAAGGAGGCUCGGUUCCGGACCGCCAAGAAGCUCUAUGGCAGCACCUUUGCCUUCCAUGGGUCCCACAUUGAGAACUGGCAUUCGAUCCUGCGCAAUGGGCUGGUCAAUGCAUCCUACACCAAACUGCAGCUGCAUGGAGCAGCCUAUGGCAAAGGCAUCUACCUGAGCCCCAUCUCCAGUAUUUCCUUUGGAUACUCAGGAAUGGGAAAAGGACAGCACAGGAUGCCCUCCAAGGAUGAGCUGGUCCAGAGAUACAACAGGAUGAAUACCAUCCCCCAGACCCGAUCCAUUCAGUCAAGGUUCCUGCAGAGUCGGAAUCUAAACUGUAUAGCACUUUGUGAAGUGAUUACAUCUAAGGACCUCCAGAAGCAUGGGAACAUCUGGGUGUGCCCUGUAUCCGACCAUGUCUGCACAAGGUUCUUCUUUGUAUAUGAGGAUGGUCAGGUGGGCGAUGCCAACAUUAAUACUCAGGACCCCAAGAUACAGAAGGAAAUCAUGCGUGUGAUCGGAACUCAGGUUUACACAAACUGAGGGGGCCCCAGCCCUCGUACCACCCCUGUUACCCCAGGAUCCAUCUGCCCUCAUAAAAGUGUUCAGGUACAGCAGCUGAGGCUGCCCUGAGGAAUCAAGGGGCAGGAAAAGGAUAUGUAAGAGGUGGCCUUCAUGGUGGAGCCUGACCCAAGAACUACUCCACAUUUGGAUGGCCCAGACUGACUCCAUCCCCUGACUUUCCCUUUGACUUCACCCUGUUUGUAAAUAAAACAAUAAAAUGGAAGGUGCUGUGGACUGGA